UCGGUACUGCCGACGUACUCUUCUAUCUCUCGACAGGUUCCGCCGAUUCUCCCACCUUCGGCCGUUCGCAGAUAUCUACGUGUGCGACGCUUAAAUUUAAGGAGUGUGAAAGCCGGACGAGAAAGAGGAGUUGCUAGUUGGACCCCAACAUUCCCAACGAUCGCUCGGUUAUUUUCGCCCCGAUUGGUGACGUGUAACGCAUUCCCGGUAUAAUUGCAACAGGUAGAAGAAUAUCGAGAUGGACAAAGGAACAGCACCACCGCCUGGUUUCAUUCCACAAUCAGGCUUCGUUUCACCACCACCGCCGCCGCCGUACAAUGAGCACCAGCAAACAACAUCGCCACCAACUAUUGCCUAUAUGCCUGCCUUCGGAUCUGAAUCGCAGCGGAUGACGUGUCCUCACUGUCAAGCGAACAUUUCCACGGAAGUAAAAUCAGAGGCGAACAUAAAAACUCACGCGUUUGCAUUAGCCCUUUGCGUCUUCGGACUAUGGUGUUUCGUAUGCUGCCCGUACUGUAUGGACAGUUGCUUGACGAAGAAGCACUAUUGCCCGAAUUGUAAUGCGUACUUGGGAGAACAAAGUUAAACUCUUAAACGACGAAACUUCGAAAGUAUAUAUGCACACUAUAAAUGUAUGUUAUACACACAUAUUGACUCUAUAUUUUAUAUGCAAACGAUGUUCCAUUACUAUUAUAUAUGACUAAGAUACUAAGACUACUUCGAUAAACAUAAAUGUAAAUUUUUUUUAUUAAAAAGUCUGUUCAUCCUGACAAUUUAAUUUA